GUGUGUUUAAGGUAGCUGCCCGAUACAUCUGUGGCCAUAAUCCAUGCAGCAGCGCCAUGUGCAAAUCAGAGCCAUCAGCAAGAUGUCUGGUUGAUCAUGAGUGCAAACCUGUCUUUGUCAACAUAGAAAAGAGAGUGUACAAGCAAUGCAGUGAGCGAGGACAAAUCGUAAAGGGACAUCAUCACAAUGUGGACGACGACGGAGAUGACAAUGACAAUGACGAUGAUGAUGAUGACCAGUUACGGCAACUGAUGAAAGGAAAGCAUAUGAAGAAUAAAGAACAAGAAAGCGAUGAAAAUGAGGAAAUAGAGAACAAAGACGAUGGCGAGGAACAAGAUGAUAAUAUUCCUGAAAAGAAAUCAAAAAUUAAAAUACCAGCACGUUUUAUAGGAAAAAGAUAGCACGAUGAAAAAGAGAGUCUUUAGGAAGAAGAAGACAGUAGAAAUGAAAUUGUGAUAAACGAGAAUAGAAAAAUAUGAAAAAGAAGUUCAAGAAGCUAUUUUAAAAAGCCGGGUAUCAUCGACAAAGGCGAUAGGGGAUAGGCGUCAUUCCGACAUGGAAAUGGUUUCGUUGAAUACAAAGAAUAUUGAAUCAGUCUCAAUACUAAGGUCCAUGUUCUUGACGAGAAUAAGAAGCAGAAACACAAGUCAUUCCAGCUAUUCUUGAAUCUUAGAAUGACCUAUCUCCUAUCGCUUUUCGACUAUCACCCAUUUCCUGUUGCCUUUGGCGAUGACAACCUUUUUGAAAUAGGUAUAUACGAAGUAGUAUAGGGAAUGGGGGUUCUAACGCAGUGGCAACCCGAGGAUUACCCGGUUAAAGUCACCAACCCGCGUUUGCGUAACCCUAAUCCCUAUGAGACCACCAGGAUUACCCGUGGGGGCAACAGCGCACUUAAAUAUGUUAAUUCAUAUAUGGAGUGCGAAGAAUGUAAGGAGUUCAUCUAUGACUUCUGUAUAAAAUGCUUGAAACCCAAGUUCGUUACCCCACCACCUAAUGAGUACGUUUGUUGUGACAAGAAAAUGCGAAUAGAAGACGACACAUCGGCGCAGUGUUACGAGUGUGGUAAGGAUAUUCGUAAUGCUGUACCAAAUGCUACUAAAGAGCAGUAUUACGCAAACGGAGGACGUAAGAAGACGCAAUACAAGAGAAUAAAGUACUUUAGGGACUGGAUGAGUUA